UCUCCAAAUUUAGGAGCCAUGUCUCCUCUUAUUUGGUCUUUUCCUUUUCCAACCCACUCUUCAAACACCCUUUUUCUUCCAUUAUCUUCAACACCAAGGCACCAGCUAUGAACUAAUCAACACCCUUUGGCUCAGAAUCCACACUCUCUAGUGUGGUCUCAUUCCGGGUUGCAACUCAUGCCACAUUAUUAACUCAUUAUUUGUGUCUGAUCUACACACGACGGUUUCUUUGUCCUCUUAUCAACCAAGAAAGCAAUAAAGAGUGUCAUCUCUCCCUGUCUCUCUGUCUCUGUGCUCUCUCCCUCUUGACACUGUUCAACCAAUAGUUAACAUGCCCAUAUAUGGGUUUUCACGUGGAGCUGUUGAAAUAGCAUGCAUGGUUAAUGCCAGUUGUGACUACUCAAAGACCCUUGUGGCUAUUAUUUGGUGUCUCCUACCAGAGCCAUGAGUGGAAGCUUUUCAUUAUCUAACACCCUCUUUCAAAUGCUUCCUAAACUCAACUUGAGAUUAUAUAUAACUAUAGUGUUUUGUUUUUAUAUUAUCAGUAUUCUUAUCAAUACAUAGUAAGCAAAGCACAGUACGGCUUUAAUAAGCCAGAGAAGCUGUUGUUGAGAUGGAAUUGCCUGAUACAGUCAGUACAGCCAUGUACAAGGGGAGAUUCUGCACUAGUGGUGGAGUUAAGUCUCAGCUUGGAUAUGUUGAAACUGAUCCAUCUGGUCGAUAUGGCCGUUUCAGGGAUGUUCUUGGCAAAGGAGCAAUGAAGACUGUGUAUAGGGCAUUUGAUGAGUUACUGGGGAUUGAAGUAGCUUGGAACCAAGUCAAGCUUGGUGAUGUCUUUCACUCACCAGAACAACUUCAGCGCCUUUAUUCAGAGGUUCAUCUCCUGAAGCACCUCAACCAUGACUCUAUGAUGAUCUUCUAUGGUUCUUGGAUCGAUGUCAACAACAGAACCUUCAACUUCAUCACUGAAUUGUUCACCUCCGGUACACUUAGAGAGUACAGGCAAAAGUAUAAGCGAGUAGAUAUGCGAGCAGUUAAGAUCUGGGCUCGCCAGAUUCUUAGUGGCUUGGAGUAUUUACACAGCCAUAAUCCUCCUGUAAUACAUAGAGAUCUCAAGUGUGACAACAUCUUUGUCAAUGGCCAUCAGGGGAGGGUCAAGAUUGGAGACUUAGGCCUAGCAGCUAUACUUCGUAGUUCUCAACAUGCCCACAGUGUCAUAGGCACACCAGAAUUCAUGGCACCAGAACUGUAUGAAGAGAAAUAUAACGAGCUGGUAGACAUAUAUUCCUUUGGUAUGUGCAUGAUAGAGUUGCUUACUUUUGAGUUCCCAUACAGUGAAUGCGCCAACCCAGCUCAAAUAUACAAGAAAGUUACUUCGGGGAAGCUACCUAAUGCGUUUUACAGAAUCCCAGAUUUGGAAGCCCAGAAGUUUGUGGGAAAAUGUUUGUCAAAUGUCUCAGAUAGACCAUCAGCAAUGGAGCUCUUGUUGGACCCUUUUUUAGCUGUGGACCAACUUGAAAUUCCAUUGCCACCAAACAUACCAUUAUUUCCAAAUCACACUCUACAGCUUAAUUCCGCUCCACUAGUUCCCAUUGAGCAUCAUCAUGAUCAAACAAAGAGUGCAGAAAUGACAAUUACUGGUUCAAUAAACGAAGAGAACAACACAGUUUUCCUCAAAGUGAGGAUCUCUGACAUAACAGGGCACACGAGGCAUGUGUUCUUCCCAUUUGAUACAUUAAAAGACACGGCUAUUCAGGUGGCGAUGGAGAUGGUGCAAGAACUUGAGAUUAGCCACUUGGAACCAUUAGAGAUUGCUGCAAUGAUAGAUCAUGAGGUAUCAGCUUUAGUUCCAAGUUGGAGGGACAGGGUUAAGUGUCACCACCAACGACAACACAGCUUUAACUACGAAGAAGAUGAAGAUAUCAAUAACCACCACCCCUUCUUCUUAUCAUCUUCUCCAUCAUCCCCUCGUGGUUCUGGCCACAUGUCUGCUUCCAACUCCUUCAAAACCCAUGUUCGCGGCAAUCAUUACCCUUUUGCUCAAGAAGGGUAUCAAGAUGACAUGUUCAUGAACAACGACGACGUAAGCUCUCAAGCCUCGAUGAACUCCUUCAAGUGUUCAACCUUCCAAUUCUGCGACCCGGGCCACGAAGACGAGCACGACGGAACCGAACGCAACAAGUGCACCACAUUAUCGUGCCGUGGCGGCGAAGAAGGCGAACCUCGUUUGGCGAACCCGGUUUUGAACCCGCCGCGGAUGGAGUGUUCGUGCGGGUGCAGGUUUGGGUCGGGUCACGGGUGCCCGAGGCUGACUCGGAUCCGGUCGUGCCCACACGAGCGACGGAGCCUGCAGCUCCAACGGUCGAUGAUGUUGGAGGAGAUUUACAAGUACAAAAGACGCUUCUUCAACACCAUUGGUGCCGUUGAGAACAUCGGGUUUCGGCAUCCACUAAGAGGUGGUGUGUGCUUUCCUCGUGUGUAGAUUCAGAGCUAAGAAGCUCUUCUUCUUCUUCUUCUUCUUCGUGUCGUUGAUGUGUGAAAAUGAUCAAAUAUAUGUGUAUAAUUAAUAAAUCUGCGUGUUUGGAAAGACCAUGUGGCUUGUUUUUAAGAUGUUCUGCAUGUUCUUAAUCUUCCACUCUGUCUGCUACCAAAUUUGAACAGAGUACUUUUGAUUUAUAUGUCAUGAUCAUUAAUGCAAGGUUUUAAAUUA